CUUUUUUGUUAUUUUGAUUAAAAAUGAUGCAAUCAGCAGAUGUAAAUCUAACAGACACAUUUGGUAAUUAUGGUGGUAAUAAUUCUGAUUUGUAUGUGAAUCAUUCAUCACGUAUAUUUACAAUUGAUCGAGAAUAUAUAAAACAAUGGCGAAUUGAGAAACAACGUGAUCGUUUUUGUAAAUCAAUAUUCCGACGGCCAUUUUCAUCACCAGAAUGUCGUAAAUUAUACAAUAUAACAUCAUUAUUACGUCCAUGGAAUACAAUUGAUACAACAUUAUCAACAAAUACAUAUGGAAAUGAUUCAACAUUCACAUUAUUCGAUUGGAUUAAUUAUGGGAACGGUUCAGAUUUUCUUCAUAAUCAAACAAUAUCACCAAAUGAUCAAUUAUCAAAUUAUACACAACAAGAUGUUACAAAUGGUGAUGAAUUAAUAAUUGGACCAGUGUUACCACCAUUUGAACUAUGGCAAACAAUUAUAAUUGCAAUAUGUCUUGGCAUAUGUAUUAUAUUAACUGUGGCUGGUAAUAUAUUAGUACUUUUAGCAUUUAUUGUUGAACGUGCUAUAAGACAACCAAGUAAUUAUUUUAUUGCAUCAUUAGCAGCCACUGAUAUGCUUAUUGGUACUGUUUCAAUGCCUUUCUACACCGUUUAUGUGUUGAUGGGUUAUUGGAAUUUAGGACCAUUAUUGUGUGAUUUAUGGCUAUCAGUGGAUUACACCGUUUGUUUAGUAUCACAGUAUACAGUUCUUUUAAUAACAAUCGAUCGUUUUUGUUCUGUGAAAAUAGCAGCUCGAUAUCGAUCAUGGCGAACAAAAAAUCGUGUUAUAUGGAUGGUAACAAUCACUUGGAUAAUACCAGCAUUAUUAUUUUUCAUUAGCAUUUUUGGUUGGGAACAUUUUGUUGGAUAUAGAGAUUUAUUACCAGGACAAUGUGCUGUACAAUUUUUAAAAGAUCCGAUAUUUAACACUGCCUUAAUAAUUGGAUACUAUUGGACAACAUUAGUGGUAUUAUUUGUGUUAUAUGGUGGCAUUUAUAAAACAGCUUAUGAUAUGCAGAAAAAAAGUGAGGCCAAACAAAGAAAAAUGCAAUCAAUGGUCGCUUUAAGUGCCGGCGCAAUGUCUGGAAUGGCUGGCCGUACUGCUGGAAUUGGUAUUUCUAAAACACAAAGUACGUUUCUUAGUCAAGAAAAACCAAAACCUGUGAAUGUAACAACCAAUGUCACACAAGUUCCACCAUCGACCGUUGAUACACUAUCCGUAAAUGUUAAAUCAACUCAAGGUGCUGGACCCGGUUCGGGUGAUUCAAACUCUAGUCAAAAAACAUCAUCACACAAAAACAGUGGUACAAUUACAACGACAACAACAACCACUGCCGAAUCCUCUGAUCGUAGAAUUUAUCCAAUUCAGCAAGUAUCAUCAACAACCACAACAACUGGUGAAGUAGAAAAAUCUGAACGAUCGAGUAGUCCUGCAUUUGAAUCGGAUGAAGAGAGUACCACUUGUACAACAGCUCAGCAAUCUUCGAUAAAAAAACGAGCAUCUGUGGUUGGGUGUAUUAUGGCACAAGCUUUCACAAAUACAAAUCGUUUUAAUGGUGGUAUUUUAAUGAAAUCAUCACAAGAUGGUGGACCUCGUAAAGUUUUGACACCAACGUCUCCGAAUGUGGACGGAAUGCCAACAUCAACUCUCCCACAAAUACUAGAACAAAGUCUUUUAGAUACAGAUAAUCAAAGUAUUGAACAAAGUUCAAAUCCAUUAAUUCCAACACCGAUCUCAAAAUCAAAUUCUUUUGAUCAACUUAAUAAUAAGACCCAUAUUGCUGUAUCACCACAACCUUCAAAUCAAUCAACAAUAGCACCACAAUCCGAUUAUGGUGGAACUCAAACGGGUCAAAUAACACAACCGUCAUACAGUCAAACAUCAAGUGUUGCAACGACCACGCAAAGUUCACCACAGCAAUCUUCAGAUAGACCUAGAAGUUUUUUAAUGAAUAAAGGUGGUACAUAUGAUGUUCUAGUUGGUUUAGAUGGAGCCGAUUUACGUUAUAUGGAUGAAAGUUCAAUAAUCGUACCAUCUCCAAAUUGUGAAAGUCCACCGUCUUCAAUGAGUUUUCCAAAUACGUCAACCACAGCACCUCCGUCACCUGUGCAUACGGCAAUCGUUUCAUCAACUGCCACUACAUCAUUACUUCAAGCUGCAUUAAUUCGUGCUACAAAUCAAGCAGCACCGACAGCUGUUGAACAACCGACAAUAAAUAAAGUGAAUAUUGAAGUUACAGUACAAUUAACAGUUAAUGCAGAUGAUAUUGUCAAAAAACCAAUUACCUCAAUUGUAGCCAAUAAAAUAGAACGAGCUCCGCCACCAAAAUUAAUUAGUGAGGACAGUAUAGACAUUGACGAUCCAUCAGACACAAAACCAAACGAAACAUCUAUGAAAUGUGGUAUAGCUGCUUUGUGUCAAAGUGGUAGUGCAGCAACAAUAUUAGCUGCAACAUCUGUGGUCGAUGUUGCACGUCGCAACACAAAAGAAAACAUUCUUAGUGAUACGGACACUAACAAAGCGGAUUCAAGCAAUAAAAAAAGUUGUCGCAGUUCACGCAAAGAUUUUGUAAAAACAAUUGGUAAACGUUUAAAAGGGCGUAAAAAGAAAGAUGGUAGUGGACCAUUCGGUUUAAUUGGACGGCAAAAAUCAAAAUCAGAAAAUCGUGCACGUAAAGCAUUUCGAACAAUUUCAUUUAUUUUGGGUGCAUUUGUUGUCUGUUGGACACCAUAUCAUGUUUUAGCAUUAGUUGAAGGUUUUUGUACAAAUCCACCAUGUACAAAUGAACAUUUAUUCAUGUUUUCAUAUUUUUUAUGCUAUGCAAAUAGUCCAUUAAAUCCAUUUUGUUAUGCGUUAGCAAAUCAACAAUUUAAAAAAACUUUUACACGACUGUUACGUGGUGAUUUUCAUAGAACUUAA